CCGGAUCAAUAGCCGUGGCCUUCUCUGAAGGAGUUGGAGCAUUUCCGCUGGCUUCCUUCCUCCUGCACCUUCUGUUUUACUAGAUCCCCAACUUGACAAUGGAAUCCACGCACGGUAAUUGAUGGUGGGCGGAGCCCGUGGGCUAGGGAGCAGCGCAUGUGCGCAUCACGCGAGCCGCGCGCCGGAAGGACUUCUCUGGCCAAGACCUCCGGAGAGGAGCCUCAGGGCGGGGGCCACGACGCGGGAGGUCACCAUGGCUACAGAGCCCGUGACUUCGGAGCCCGCGGUGCCGUCGCUGGUGGAUCGUUACUUCACUCGCUGGUACAAAGCGGAUGUAAAAGGAAAACCCUGUGAAGAUCACUGUAUACUACAGCACUCUAACCGAAUAUGUGUCAUCACAUUGGCAGAAUCUCAUCCAGUUCUUCAAAGUGGAAAAACAAUUAAAAGCAUUUCCUAUCAGAUCAGUACCAAUUGUAGCAGACUUCAGAACAAGGUCUCUGGGAAAUUUAAGCGGGGGGCACAAUUUCUAACAGAACUUGCACCUCUGUGUAAGAUUUACUGCUCAGAUGGAGAGGAAUAUACCAUAUCUAGUUGUGUUAGAGGACGGUUGAUGGAAGUGAAUGAGAACAUUCUCCACAAACCAUCUAUUCUUCAAGAAAAGCCAUCUACUGAAGGCUACAUUGCAGUUGUGUUACCCAAAUUUGAGGAGAGCAAAAGCGUAACAGAAGGGUUACUGACACAAAAACAAUACGAGGAGGUCGUGGUGAAACGCAUUAAUGCCACAACAGCUACAUCAUGAGGAUUGAGAUGGAGUGAAAAGUGCUGUAGGACACUUACCCACCCUGGCCUCAAAACGUCAGUGCACUAAAAGAGGAAACCCAGAGUAUGUGAAGCAUACUCAGCACCCACCAUCAGCUAGGGAGGCCUAAUCCUUCCUGUCACCUAGUUUCCCUUUUUGUCUUCAUCCUUCAAGAUCUGUCCUGCCUGGGGACUCACUGUGUUGUGUCUAUCCACUGACAAGCAAGGGAUGUUUUUCUGAUUAAAAACAACAAAUCUCUUUCAGGAAAAUUGGAAAAUGGAAAAAUUUUAGGUAACCAAGUAAAAGCAAUUUACCUACCGUAUCUAUGACAUAGAGGAAUACGUGCCAUGUAUUUAUCAUUAUUGCCUGAGUUUUCUGUCAGUUUAAUAUUUUUAUUUUAGUUGUAGGUGGACACAAUAUCUUUAUUUCAUUUUUAUGUCUCACGCAUACUAGGCGAGCACUGCAUCACUGAGCCACAGCCCCAGCCCUCAGUUUAAUAUUUUGAAAAAAGGUACCCAGCCUUUCUUCAGUAACAUUACCAAAAAGUCUCAUCCCAUCCCUUUUGCUUCAACUCCUCUGCCUUUAGGUUGUAGAGAAAAAACUGAAGUGCUAAGUAUAUCUUCUUAGCUCCCUAUGGAGAUGGGCCUCCCCUCUACAAGGAAUGAGAUCUCUAACACUGACUUCUUAAAUUGCAGACACAAAAAAGGCUUUGCUGGAGCUUUCCUAGCAAAUGGAAAUAGGACAGUGUUCAUCUGGUUCUUGCAAUACAUAGGUUGUAGUUCACUCAGUCUCACACAUUUUAGAUACAGUUAAUGUCUAGCACAGAAAUGACAGAAUAGUUCGCCCAAAGGCAUAGAUGCCUUUGAACCAGAAUAAAGAAUUUCACAAACUAGGGGGAAAAGAAAAUCCCACUGAAUGUAUGGUUUAACUUUGAGCUGGGGGUAUUGCUCUUUGGUGGAAUGCUUACCUAGUAUGCAUGAGGACCUGGGUUCAAUCCCAAGCACCACAAAAAACAGAUUAUAUACUAAAUUUACACAAUUUCAAAAAAGAACUUCACAUCUUAUUUAAGGUAUGCAACACAUACAUAGAUAUAUAAAGGGAAAGAAAAUCACUUGAUGUGUAGGUUCCGUUGGUUCUUUAUCCUCUGAUGCUGUUGAAAUCAUGUUGUCCCUUUCCCAUCCCCACUCACUUCCAUGAGAGUAUUCUCAGGUAUCUAAAAGAGUAUUUUGUAAAUAAAACUUUAAAAUUAUUUUUAGUUCAUAAGAAAAAUGUCUUUAAACCUGAAUGUCAACAUGACUGUCCUCUAUAUAUGACCCACGACAGGUAGCAACUCCUACAGUGAUUGUGCUGAGCUGAAUAUAUAAGCCCAAGCCAGGAGAUCCCCACCUCAGCAUAAACACUGAUUCUUGAAGUCUUCAUACAGCAAUACUAGAGACAGGAGAACUGGGUGUCUUAAUUUACAAAUAACAUAUCAUUCAAUUUUUAUUGUAAUUUGAGACUUUUGAUUUCACAGAAUAAAAAUCAUGUUUGAUGACUUGAUUAUUUAAAUAGGUAUUUUAUGAAGGUCACUAACAGCUGAGUGCAUCCCAUCCGCCCCCCCAUGACUAUAGUAAAAAUAUUUGACAAAUACCAACUAGCUAGUUAGUGACAAAAUGAUUUUUUAGAAUCUUUUGUGAACAUGGAUUGUGUUCACUGACACAGGUAAAGAUCAUGAUCAUCAGACCAGCUCAUAUCUACUGCCUUUUGCAAUUGAUGACAUGACUGAUUUCAAAAUGAAUUUCAAAGUGUUGGGGUAUAAGCUGACACCAUUCCAAAACAGUGUUAACUGUAUAGUAUCACAGGGAGAAAACCCAUAAACCAGAUCCUUCAAUCAAAGAUCCAUCCCA